CCUCACUUAUGCCUUUCACCCACAAAUACCACCGGCUACACCAUUAUCGCUCGAUUCACUGGUCACCGAAUAACCGUAUACUCGAUUCAUCAUAAAGUACAUUUCCGUCGGAAUAAUACUUUCCACCUACAAGUUGGAUUUGGUGUCCAUAUCUGCCAGCAGAAGUCGACCAGUAGCAUUACAUCGUGAUCCUCUCGACGAGCCAUCUGGACUUGACGACAUUCGAAGCACUACGUUUACCGCAUAUUCGACUUGACCUUUCACAUUGCCAGUCACACAGCGAUAACGAAUCUCUAUUAGCGGCCCGUUGUGCCCGCCCGUCUACCCACCAUGUCACUCGGCGGGCAACAGCUCCUCGAGUACUUGGAGAAGCUGCCAGGUACAGCUUUUAGGAGACUGUACCAGUCACCUGCGACAGCUUUGGCCAUCUUCCGCCGUAUGCUGUCUUAUCAUGCCAAGGUUAUUGUCCGAGGUCUACUGUACAUGCCCGACCCAUUCCCGUUAACCUCCCUUGACAUAUGGUUCCCUCCAGAGGGCGGCGGAAAGAUACAUCGCGAUCGCACCAUUGCCGCUCUCCGAUCCCUCCACAUCCUACAGGUCUCACCACCAAGCAAGGACCGAACCCAAGAAAUCCAAAUCACGACGAGCUUCAAGAAAGGCCUACAACUAGCCUUCGAAGGCGGCGGCGAAGAUGGCAGCUUUGGCGUCCCUAGUUCUCUCCCCGUCGAUCCCUCCAUUGACAUCGCCUACCUCGAUAAGUACGCUCGGAAGAAGUGGGACGACAUCCUCCACUACGUUGUCAACAGUCUUGGGGUCCACGGCAGCUCAGAAGGGGUCAGCGGACCCAAGGCCAGUGUGAAGGAACUGCUCUUGGCCGGACGCCUCGUCGAACGACGUCCCGACACCCGUACAGGAAUCGGAAUUACGCAAGCCGGUUUCACCUUCCUUCUCCAGGAGUCCAACGCUCAAGUAUGGACGCUCCUCCUCCUCUGGCUCGAAGCAGCCGACCACGCGGCCGACUCGGGCAUGGACAGCAUUGACAUGCUCUCCUUCCUCUUUAUGCUCAGCUCGCUUGAGCUCGGAACUGCCUACGAUACCUCGGCCCUGACCGAGACGCGACGGAAUAUGCUUCCCUCGCUCGUCGACUUUGGGCUCAUCUACUUCCCGCGCGACACGCGCCAGUUUUUCCCUACCCGCCUGGCCACCACACUGACCAGCACCGCCUCGGCCCUGCGCACCGUCUCCUCGGCUUUCACGGCCGCGACCGCCAACCCCUCGGGUGAACCGGGCACCACGACCAGCACCAGCGGCGGCCCCGCCGCCACCCCCGACAAAACACAGACAGCAGCCAAGGGCAUCAUCAUCGAGACCAACUAUCGCAUCUACGCCUACACCACCUCCCCGCUACAAAUUGCCGUCCUGGCUCUCUUCUGCCAGCUCAACAUGCGUUUCCCCAACAUGGUCUCGGGCCGCCUAACCCGCGACUCCAUCCGCCAAGCGAUUGGCUUCGGCAUCACCGCCGACCAAAUCAUCUCCUACCUACACGCGCAUGCUCAUCAACAAAUGGUGCGCGAAGCCACGGUCACGGGUAAACCGGUGCUUCCCCCGACGGUGGUGGACCAGAUUCGACUUUGGCAGCUGGAGAACGAAAGGAUGCAAACCACGGCGGGAUUCUUGUUCAAGGACUUUGAGAGCACGGAGGAGUACGCGGCGCUGAGCAGGUAUGCGGAGGAGAUUGGCGUACUGGUGUGGAAGAAUGAUAAGAGGCAGCUCUUCUUUGCCAGCAAGCAUGAACAGUUGAGGGAUUAUCUGAAGAGUCGGAAGAAGGGGGAGUAAGGGGCGGGUAUGUAAGGGA